AUGGGCUUUGUGUCUCAGAUCUCCACAGAGGAACUCAAGUCUGUGGCACUGAGGUACUGGAAGCAGGCGCUGCAGAUGACAAAGCCCAAGAAAGUCCUGGCAGAGAUGUUGUUGGAAAUGAUUGACACUCUGUCCAAAAGUGUUUUGGAAAGCUUAAGUGGACCAGAGUUCACCCUGGUGUCAGAGGAAGAGGUAGCCAUAGCUAUUGAGUCCUGUCUGACUGAUGUCUUUCAUUUUGUAUUGGGCACCACACACCACGCAUGUGCUCCGCUCUUCAAGGCCUUGAGCACAGAAGUGUGGGCCAGUGUCAACUCUGGGCUGAGCCAAAAUGGAACACAGUCCAUAACCUCAUACCUGCCCCCCAAAGAACAUCUGAUCACAAUGAUAAAUCAUAUCAAGCUAUUAUUGCGUUUCGCCAGGGAUCAGGAACAUCAGCGACGCCGCUCUGAGCCGGUGCCUAAAGUUGAAGAGCAGACCAAUGAUGUGCGACAUCACAGUGCCGACUUCACCACACGUGACCCUCAAGUCUUUGAGGAAAGUGAAUGCAUGGAUUCUCAGGGUGAAACCAGUUCUUACACCCAAGUUAAAAAAAUCCCUGAAGAAGCUGCUGUGCAAAUGUUGCUCAAAGGUCAAGAGAACAAGCCAGAGCAGCUGCUGAGACCAGAGGAUGCAAAAUCUAAGGACAGGGAAGCCGCUUCACCGGUGGAAUUCCUAUGGAGCGACCAGGAUUGGUGUUACCUGCUGCAAGAAGUGUGCUCUCAGGAACUUGAGAACCAGAAGCAGAGAAACCUUGCUGCACCAGUGGAUUUGAGGCCAAUCCAGAGGCCAGAUGAGGUAAGAGAUGAACGCACAGCAGCUGACCAGUUCGUCUGGAGCGAUGACGACUGGUCCAACCUGGUUUUUGAGUUGUCUACUCGAGUGUUUGGCAUCAGAAACCCGCAGGAACUGGCUAGGUGUUCCAAGUUACUCUUUGGGCAUUUGCAGACAUUAAAGAAUCAGUGUGAUGUGCGGGUAAAACCUGAUAAGAACAACAUUGUAGAUGUGGCAAAACACAUUUACAAAGACCUAAGCCAAUUUCAUUCCAAGAAGGCACUGCGUAUGUUUGCCUCUUCCGACCCAGAUCUCAUCAUAGCGGCCAUUGCCAAACGUCUAGAGAGGAUUCCUAAGAAGCGCACAUUGGGCACCGUUCUGAGGUCCGUGUGUCGGGCCAUCUUCAUGUGGUGUUAA